GGGUCAGUACCUGCUGCUGUGUGGUCAGGGCUGGGGAUUGGCAUCCACUGCCAUGUAGCCGGGGGUUGGCACUCGGGGUCCACAUUUGCUGCCACAUGACUGCGGAAGGGAAACCCAGGAAGGUCACAUCUCAGCCAGGAGAAGAUUCUCUGAAUUGCCCUCUGCCCCCCGGCUGGCAGAGCUACAUGUCUCCCCAGGGCCACAGAUACUAUGUGAACACCUUCACCAACGAAACCACGUGGGAGCGGCCGAGCAGCGUGCCUGGGACCCCCAGGAGCCCCGGGAGCCAGAAGAGUGCUGUGCCUGCAGCGAAUGGAUAUCACACCCCUGUGACGCCCAUGCAUCAAAUGGAGCCUGGUCAUAUGAGUCUCCGAAAACCCAGCGGGGACCCCCAGAGUCCGGGGUCCCCGCGCGUGCCCAGGAGGCUGGCCAGGGAGAGCUCGCGGACGAUAAACUGCGUGACUUUUCCCCACCCAGACACAAUGCAAGAACAGCAGUUGCUGAAACCCACUGAGUGGAGCUACUGUGAUUAUUUCUGGGCUGAUAAGAAGGAUCCGCAAGGGAACAACACAGUAUCGGGGUUUGAAAUUCUGCUCCAAAAGCAACUCAAGGGGAAACAAAUGCAAAAAGAAAUGGCAGAGUUUGUUCGAGAAAGGAUAAAGAUUGAGGAAGAAUAUGCCAAGAACUUGUCCAAACUGUCUCAGAACUCACUGGCUGCUCAAGAAGAAGGCACCCUAGGAGAGGCCUGGGCCCAGCUGAAGAAAAGUCUGGCGGAUGAGGCAGAGGUUCAUCUCAAAUUUUCCUCUAAGCUCCAGAGUGAGGUGGAGAAACCACUGCUCAACUUCAGAGAGAACUUUAAGAAAGACAUGAAGAAAUAUGACCAUCACAUCGCGGAUUUACGGAAGCAGCUGGCUAGUCGCUACACAGCAGUAGAAAAGGCCCGGAAAGCCCUGACAGAGAGGCAGAAGGAUCUGGAAAUGAAAACCCAGCAGUUGGAGAUAAAGCUCAGCAACAAGGCAGAAGAGGAGAUCAAGAAAGCGAGGCGGAAGUCCACUCAGGCUGGAGAUGACCUAAUGCGUUGUGUGGAUCUUUAUAAUCAAGCCCAAUCCAAGUGGUUUGAAGAAAUGGUGACCAGCACUCUGGAGCUGGAAAGGCUGGAGGUGGAGCGGGUGGAAAUGAUUCGGCAGCACCUUUGCCAGUACACACAGCUGCGGCACGAGACAGACAUGUUCAACCAAAGCACAAUAGAUCCUGUCGAUCAGUUACUUCAAAAAGUGGAGCCUGCCAAAGACAGGGAACUGUGGGUACAAGAACACAAAACUGGAGAUAUCAGACCUGUGGACAUGGAAAUAUAGACUGAUCUGAUUAGUGAUAUGUGAGGGGUUUGCUGGUUUAACCAGGCUAAUGGGUCCUGUAAAGGGUCAGAAGACAGACAGGACGGCGAAAGGGUUGCUCUGCUACCAGAUACCUUGUAUUUAUUGUCUGUAGGGAGUAUCUCUGUCACAUUUGAUCAUCACAUCAGUUCCCAUUGUGCUAUGCCUUAAGCUCCCAACAUUCCAGGGUUAAGAAGCCAGAUGUCUGUUCUUCCUGUCAGAAGUUUCCAGCUGCCAGGAGAAACCGAGGCCCUUGCUUCCUGGUACAGAGAGAGCUCUGUUCUUCAGUGACUGUGCACUACACCCAUUGCAUGACUCUCUUUGUGUAGAAUGUAAGAACAGCCAUGCAGCAAGCCUCUGCCAUGGAAGCAGACUAGUCACUUGACUAUGAUGCUGGAAGCAAGGAGCUCCUGAACAUGGAUCCCAGCACUGCCACUGCUCAGCUGGAUGGCCUUGGGCACAUCACAUAACUUUUCUGGUUCCUCCAUUUAUAAUAAGGGGCUCAUAAUACUUACCUACCUCACAGGGGUGUUGUGAGGGUACAUUGAUUUUGUAUAAUACUUUUUAGCACAACUACCUUGCUGCGGUAGUAUGUCUGAGUGCAGGGAGGGACGGGCUUUUCCCCAAAGCAGUAAACAAGGCAAAAGGCUAGGAGAAAACCCCACAGUGGAAAGACACCUGUUCAAGCCCUUCCUGUUUUAUAAUCCCACUCAGAGACAUAUAGACCCUGUAUCAUCUCCAUUUCUCUUUGAGGCUAACAGAAAGUAAGACUGAAAGGGACCUCUUGCACCAUCUAUUUACCAGGAAGAACUCGGUUGUGCUAUAGCUACCUCAUUAAUUGUCUGGUUGACUUAAGUGACAAAAAGAGGACGCCUACCGUGGAAUAAAUUUGAUCUUCAGGUCCAUUUCUGCCUAUAUAGUGUGAUGUCCUACAGUCUCUGCUUUCUGCAGGAUCUUCUAAUGCUCCCUUUGGGAGGUCAUUUCCCAACCAAAUGGAUCCAAGUUUAAAUUAGCCUUUGUUUAAUUUCCUUGAAAUAACUCCUAGCUUGUAGCCUUUUGGAUGCCCAUGCACUCUCUGUCUCUCCAUCUCUUUCUCGCUUUCGUUGGUGUCCCCCCCAACACACACAUCAGAUGUCUGCAGAUAGUUAGCAAGUCUAUUCUAUUCUAUUCUAUAUAGGUUUUUAUACUGCACUCAUCACUAGUAUCUGAGCUCUUUCCAGCAGUGCAUUAAGAAGUGCAGCUACACAUCUGUCACAUGUUGUUUGUUCUCUCAUCCUCCCCCAGAAGGAGAAACAUGCAGUGAAGUGUCUUGUUUUGGUAGUUAUUAAAAAAACCUUAUUUGUUAAAUAUCCCUGUCUCUACAUGUUUAUAUUAGCGAAGGCAAGGUCAAAGUAAUGUGCCUUGCACUUGGAGCUUGAAAGUGGUGAGGUUAUAAUAGUCAUUACUUCCUGGGGGAGUUCAUUCCACAGUCUUGGACUGGCCCCAGAGAAAAUUCUGUCUCCUGCACAAAUAAACUUGACUCUUUUGUUGAGUGUUCCACUGUGCCAAAAGAGCAUAGCUAACCAUGGGCUUCAUCUUGGAGCGUUAGAUGGUCUUUUAGGGCCCUGACCAUGCAGUGCUUUGAAGAUAAGGACCAAGACCUUGAACUUGAUUUGAAAUUCUAUGGGAAGGUCACAGUGUAGAGCAAGAGGACAGUUGCUAAGGGGAGACACUGCAGUGUUUUGCACUAGUUGGAGUUUCCAAACAGCUGAAGGUUUCAUGCCCAGGUGUAUCACAUUGUAGUCCAGCAGUGAUGAAGGCACAAAUAACUGAGGCCAGGUUUUCAUCUGCUAGGAUGGACAGAGAUUACUCACAGCUGUUGUGAUGAGAGAGGUCAACAUUAGCGAGGAAUCCAAGAGUACUACAGACUGAAUUGACCAGUUGUGGAUAUGAUCCUUCAGUCGAAGAAGACUUCAUCGGGACUGCAAAGUCUUCAAAAUAUUCUACUCUGCCAAACAGAUUUUCUAAGGCACCAAGGACAUGCAUAUCUAUCUGACGUUCAGUGUAGUUGAGGGUGCCCAGUACUGUUGAAAAUCAGGCCCUUAACCUGUCCUUAUAAUGUAGCCCCUUGUCCAAUGUUGUUGCUUUUCUCUGAAUUUGUUCCUGUUUCUCACUGUCAGAACUAGGGACCGAAUGCUCACCAAUGGCAUUUGAUAUUUAUAGCUCUUCGAUGUUAUACAGCUAUGUAAGUUUGACAUUAUCUUUGAAUUACAGUUUUUUUUGUCUCCAAUAUUAUUCCUGUUGUUAAACUUUGCAGUUGACCCCUUCUUGACAUUGCAUAGGACUGCAAGAUCCUUUUUUUAGAUUCAGCAGAAAUCUUGGUUAUGGCUCUUUUGGUCCUGCCACUUGAUUAACUGGAACAGGUUUGGAGAAGGGCUAUUAGGAUGAUCAGGGGAAUGGAAAGAUGAUUUUAGAGGAAGUUAAAAGAACUUGGCUUGUUUAGCCCAGCAAAUACCUUCACACUUUCUCCCACACCACCCAAUAUGUGCAGGAGCACCCUGUAAAAACCUGCAAUGCCUUUACACUGUCCUCCUUCAAAUGCCACUUACAGCUCUCCUCUGCCAUCAUGCCUACAAAGCUGGUGCUGGGACUGCAGCUUAGCACUCUGAUCAGAAUCAUCUCCCUGUUACCCUGAGUUGCUGGGCUUUCUGCUCCUUCCUCGCCUGCGAGAAAGGUGUCAACUCCUGAGAGGUGGGGGAGAGAAUUGCCUGCUUCCUGCAGCAGCUGUGAUUGGCUGCUCUUCCCCAGGAGGCAGACAAAUGGGGCCAGACAGUCAAUCAGAGAGGAGUUUUCCCUAGAUGGUGUUAAAAAUGUGUGCCCCUCAGCCACCUGUCUCACUAUUUAGAAAUGUAAUUUCCUGGGGCUACACCACUGCAUAUUCUGAGCACUGGCUAGACUAGAACCCAGUUCACCUGACUUGCCUUGCUGCUCUAAUGAGUCCAUCACAUUGUGAUGACCUGCCUUUCCAGCUGUUUCUCUGAUCACUUCCCAGCCUCAUCACUUAUUUGGUUUGAUUAUUAUUCCAUUGGUUUUCUGCUUUAGUGAUGUGUCCUUCUGUUAUCUUUACUGAGCACUUUAGAUGACAGGCACUGGAAAAGUCAAUAAAAUGUAGGGUAAUGUUUUCAAAAGUACAAUUUCCAAAGGUGACUCUAGCAUUAGGAACCUAAGUCUUACUGCAGGUAAAUUUGAAAAGUUUUGUCUGUUAGCAUAACAGUGGCUUUCUCCCAGUCCUCUGGUACUAUCCCAGUUUCUAAGAUUUAGUACAAAUUAAAAUGAAUAAUUUGGAGAACUCUUCAGCCAACUCUUUUAAAACUUUUGUGUGCAAAUUAUCAGUUUUGCAGAUUUUGUGUAACAUCUGUUUUAGUUACUGUUGAAACAGAAAGUGUUUCACCAUAAUUAUAUAAAUAAAUAACUACAUAAUCCAGCUUCAUUCCAAAUGCAAGACAUAAAUAUUUAUUGAACACUUCUGCUUUUUCUGCAUCAUUACUGACUAUUUUAGCACUCCAUCUAGUAAUGAAACCUACAUCCUGGACAUAAAUAAAUUUAAAUAAUUAUUCUAACCAUAUUGACCAUAGAUUUUUUUGGUAAUACCUUUAGCUUCUCCUAUCAGUUACCUGCAUUUCUUAAUUUUAAUUUAUUAUUAUCAAUUUCCCCUUUUUUAUUCAUCAAUUUUUUUGCUUGUUUCACAUCCCUUCUUAAGCUAGUGGACGGUUUUAUGGGUAUUUGUUUUUUGUUUGCUUUUUAACUGAACAGCCUUUUCUCAUGACUGAAGAAUUAUGGACUUUGGGACAUGUAGGAAAGCAUUCUUAAAUGAGUAACUAUUUUAAUGCAUACAUUUCUAUUUAAGUGUUUUAUUCCCAAUCAGUUUUGCUCAUAAUUAAUUUACCUUUCAGAAACUGGCCCGUUUUAAAUGCUAAGUAUAUAUACAUAUUACUAGUUGGGAUUGUAUUAUUUUUGCUCAUAAAUAUUUCAGGCAAAUCAUAACUAGCACUUUUUAUGUCAGUAAUAAAUUAAUCUUUGAGUCAGAAUGAGGCCUGCAAUACUUUUUUGUGUUAGAGAAUUGUCAUGUUUAAUUUAAAGAGAUUCCAAAGAAGUUUUACUGUUGGAGCUAGAAGAUCUCCAGUUUAUGAUUUGUGUAUUUGUUUCCACAUAAAGGACAAUUAGUGAGAAUUUCCCAGCAUUUCUCAGGAUGUUCUUUGUUACGUGCCUUGUUUUUCACCCCAGAGGUGGUAUACUGCUCUUUUAGCUAAAUCUGAAACAAAUGCAGGUAUUUUGAGCCACAUCCCUCAGCAGUGGGUCCGCAGCCUCUUGUAUCCAGCUGACUGUCAGUCUUGGCUUUUCAGUAGCCACUUUUCUCAGCUUGUUUGUCCUCUAGCUCUCCAAGGGUGGAAUAUUUAUUAGCAUUGUCUAGGCUGAAUGGCUUUGUAUGUUCCCCUUCAUUUCUCCCACAUUGUUCAAUCUCAUUCACAUCUACUCCCUCCAUGGCCUCAGACACUUCCUUUCCCCUCACAACUACAGCGUAAUCUAUCCAUUUUAACUUCUUGAUGUUUGUCUGAGUCCUUCCCAUUCUACCACAGGAUGCAAAACAGUUUGCAUGUCACACACACGUAGCCUUUUCUGUCUUCAUACACCAGCCUGCCAUAUAGUUUUGGGCAGCCAUUUAUUGAUGCAUCUUACUUAAAACAAACCAUCUUUUUAAGGCCUAUCUUUCUCACUCUUUGAAUUCCUUCUGGAACCAACCCAUUUGCCAUUUCCAGUUCCUUGCUAGGUGGAUGUGCUAAGCCCUGGCUUUAACAAAGAAGUCAGAUCUGCCUCUUCAAUGACUGACAAGCCCCCUGCUGGUCUCACAGAUGAAGAGCUACCAAACAAGGCUGCUGAAAGAUUCCCAACCUGCUCUAAAAGCUCUCAGCAUCAUAGCCAGCAUUUCUGUGCAGCCACUCAGCACUCAGGUUGCUGUAAGCCUGCAAGAAGCUCACCCGUAGGAACACUGGGUCAGUGACUGUGACAGCCUGAGAGCUCUGGAGGCUGCAUUUUUCAAGACAAGUGAGUUAUUCUAAAAAAGCCAUGAAGUCAUGGAACAAAAUCCUAUUAAAAUAGCUCCUUUCUCCUACCAGAGUAAUUUUCUCAUAUACAAGUUUGCCUGAGUGCACAUCUGUAGCAGCUUCCCUGGAACAGCUGUGACUUUGUUUGCAAUGAGCACUAGAAGCAAACCUUCUCCAUUGCAGUGUAUAAAAGAGGGAGAUGUUUGCUUGCUCACAGGGUUAUUGUCUCGUGUUUCACUUUGCUGUGCAGUUUCACACUGCUUUGUUGCUGCUUUCCAUUCACAUAUUUCCUACACAACAGUGUUACCAGUGUGCUCAGCUGUUCUCUGGCAGAAGGUUACAUUCCCAACACCUUAUUUUAAAAACAUAUCAGAUAUUUUCAAUGGGAAUUCUGACUAAAGCUUUUGGAGACGGUUAGGUCAAUGGAUUCAAACCAGCACUAGUAAUAACUGCUCAGACUGUCUGAGAAGGGUACUACCCAACCUCUGCAUUUCAGCAAGGUUUUAAAAAAUGGGUAAAUUUGACUCCUCGGUGCACAUAUAGAAUUACAUGACCUGCUCUCCAGAAGUGCUGAGCAUUCACAAGUCUCUUGGCAGUAAAUGGGAAGUAAUAGGCAAAGAGAAUCCUAAUUAAGGCUUCUAUUUAAAUAAAAAGUUGUGACCUUUCAAGUCACCAGCAGAUGUCUUGCCACCCCAAUACAAAACCACCAGUUCUGCUACUAAUUAUGAAUGAAAUUAUGGCCAAAACAAUGCUGGGAAGAAUUCAAACUGUACAAGACCCAUAAUGUACACAUAGAGACAUACCCUACUGUUGUUCCAGCUCCUUUUCACUAUGGCUUGUGAACUGGCCUGCCUGAUACUCAGUAAUACCGUGAUUCCCUGGUCACUUCUCAAGGGUUCCUCAGGGUACUGAUGUAUGGCAACACCCAAGUCAUGUCCAAAGAUUUCCCAGGUUCCUGGGAUUGCGGUGAUGUCCAGAAUCACACCAGGCCACCGCAUGACUCAGGGUCCCACAUACACUAACCCCACCCCAGGCAGCCUGCAAGACUUGGGAGCACAUGCAUUCUUUCUCUGACAUAAUGAGGACACUUUCUUUUUCAUUAGCAUGUCUUUUCUCUGGGGAUUUCUUCUCCACACCUGCUAUCUGUGCAAUGGUCAUUACCUCAUGUUUUAAAGUAGAUCUUAUCCAUAAAGGUACGUGAUUUCUGUUUCUGAAUGCUCAGCUCCUAAUUGUUAUUUUAGACACAUUUCCACCAGAGCUAUAUCUGUUUCCAAGCAUUUUGUUCUUCAGUUUAGAUUUUCAGAUGUCACUGUCAUGUUUAUAUUGCACUAAUGUUCAGAACAAGAUGUCAUGCUUCUUGGAUACAUUUCUAAAUGUGACUGAUGCUCAAACUAUGCUUCAAGCUCCAGUGGUUGGAAGUGCAAUUACUCCUUUUUGGGCUAUACACCAUAGACUCCACUAAUCCUUCCAAGUCUGUUCACCAAUGAGACCAACACUUGGCAUAGUUUGAUUUCUAAUUUUUAAUCCCAUGCACUCCACGAGGCAGAAUCCUUUUGUGCCUAUCUAAAGAUAUGAUUCUAACAUGCAUACAUUACUAAAGUCUUGUAAAGAUCUUUUAAAUAACAUUUCAGGUCAAUAGCAUAAGAAACAGAGAGAAAAUAUUUACUCAGAUUCAAAACAGAGAUGUGCAAAUUUAAAUUCCCUCAACUUAUAUUAAGUUGGACUAUUUUUAAAAUAUGGUAUGAAAGACAAACUCAGCAGGAAUGAAAGACAAACUCAGCAGGAAUGCAGAAAAAGCCUACCAGUUACUGUGUUCAGAUUCCCUGAGCUUCCAGGAAUACAAUUUGAGCAAAUUGGCUUCAUUUCUGCAGAUUUCUUAGGUAACUGAACAAUGGUUUGAACCUCAACUGCAAUUCCACAAAAAUACAAUUAGUAACUCCCCCAAAUUCUAAGUGCCUCUUUAAAUUGUACUUGCUAUAGUUACACAAGUAUAAAAAUGCAUAGACCCACCUCAUGAACUUCCACGGUUCAGGAGCAGCCAGUGUACAGACCUCGUCAGCUUUCUCAGUUCCCCUUUGUUGCUCCCAUACUGUCACUCAGUGCAGACCCAAACCCACUUGAUGUUACCUCCCUGAUUAUUAAUGCCAAGAAUAGACAUCAGAAAUGCUUGCCACUUAAAUUGAAAUUCUAGCCAUGCUAAAGAAAACACCCAUCCACUGCCCCUUCAUCUUGCACUAGCCUCUGCUUCCUUCUCCUCUGCUCUUUGGGAGAGAUCCUAUGACUUUCUAGUGCACAUUCAUUUCAGUGGAAGUUGAGGUCAUUCAGCAUUUCACAUGAUCAGGAGCUUUGUCACACGUGCCUUGGAAGGGUAGAGUCCUUCAUGCCACUCAGAGAGAAAUGAUCCUCUCCUAAAGGGCAUUCAGAACAACCUCCUAAGCUAAUCUUCCAACAAGGAGCCUUCCAUACAGGGGUGCCAUUAAAACAAGCAGCAAACAUCACAUAAUGAGUCUGAAUAAAGUCCACACUGGACCCAAGCAAAUGCUGUUUUCUGGUGAGGUCCCUGUAAAUGAGGACUCGACCCUCUGAGGCUGUCACUGUGGCAAAGUGACUCAGCAUGUGGGUGGGUUUACCGUGUGUAUUGGCUGAGGAUUGGGACUGGCGUUUGAAGAGUAUUUGUUGGGGUGCUCAGGUUUGCAAGAUGUCACUGUCUAGUCAUUUGGAUUUAGGAACGUUUGUCCUGAGACUUGCCGCUCCUUCAGAGUAAUGGGUACUAGGGCUGCGAUUUUUACAGCUGCGUUGGGGGUUUGCCCAAUUUCCAUUUGCUUGGUCAUACACAGGGAGAACAUCAUCUAAGAGCAAGAGUAUCAGUCUGUUCUGGACAGAGCAGGUGGCAAUAUCAGACAAAUGGAAUCUACUCUUUUUAAAAUUGCUGUCUUUGUUUCAACAGUCCAAAAGAAGGUGGGAAAUCCAGUGAGUAGUUUGGCAGACAGUCCAAGUGCAGUUGUUCAAAAGCAGAUCAGAUCCGUGGUGAGCCAUGUUCUAAAGCAGUUUUCUAAUCAAAUGAAGUUGCCUAUAUGGUCCUUUUGCUCAAUACUGUCCAAAUUUUUAAAGCAACAAUUGUCUUUUGCCAGUACUAAUGACCUCUUUUUUAAAUGUGUUUAAUCAAAAUUUUAUAUCUUUCCACAAAUAUUGUCUGAAUAGACCCUUAAAUAACUUAUGUAACAUAAGAUCUGUAUCUGAAUAACAAUAGUAAAUCUUUGAUCAGUGUGUAAAUUGUAAUGUGGUCAUUGUCUCAUAAAAACAUAUGAUGGAAUCAUUUUGGCUGAAGAAUUGAAUGCUCAAAAGGUUUAAGGAUCAGCUCCUUAGCUGGGUUAAUUGGCAUAGCUCCACUGAAGUUAAUAGGGCGGUGCUGAUUUACACCAGCUGUGGAUCUGGUUCUUAAGUGUUGAAAGCAUUUGCUAUACAUAAUUUUUCUGUCUUAUUGCAAAAAGUUUAACUGUAUUUUCCUGCAUUAUUCAUGAGUGUGUAUGCACCUCAGUGCUUCAUCUCAUCCUUUGUAAAAUAAAUUGUACAGAUACACGUCGGCUGACCAUGGUGUUAUAUUUACCGAAUUGUUGUUUUAAAUUAAAAGCAC